AUGGAGUUGAUAAGCCUUUCUGUGUUGAUGGAUUUCUGUUAUCUUGUACAGUUGACACAGAUUGAUGAUUGUGAAAUUGAGUGCAUUUCAACAGCACUGGCUGAAUUCCACACUAACAAGCAGGCAAUCAUAGAUGCUGGGUUCCAUCAAGGCAAGGGUGACAAAGUCAUUGAUAAUUGGUACAUCCCAAAAAUAGAGCUCACACAGAGUAUCAUUCCCAGUAUUUGCAAUACUGGUGUUGCCAUGCAGUGGACUGCAGACACUAUGAAGCAUGUGCAUGUCACUGACAUCAAAGACCCCACACAAUCCAGCAACAACAACAAUUAUGAUGCACAAAUUUGUCGCCAUCUUGACCAUGCUGACAAGUGCUGUCACUUUGAACUUGCCAUGAGUCUACUGGACUUGCUGAACCAAUACACGUACCUAGAUGAAUAUGAUGACAAUAUAGAUCUUGAUGUUCACAAUGAUCACAAUCACCCUGUGGACCUCCUGGCAACAACCAGUAGCCCUGGGACAAUCCCUGGGCACUUUCAUUUUUAUCUUGCCUAUGAUCUGUCAAUUAGAACCCUCUCCGUCAAUGACACUGCCCUCAAAUUUAACCUUCCUGACUUAUGGCCAGCUCUUGCUGACUUCCUUCAUCAUGAAGAUACCUAUGGAAAUAAUCACAUCUACACAAUUGGUGGGGCUAGGAGAGCUGGACACAAUGCCCUACUUCCUUUUGAUAAACUACAAAUUUGGUUCAAACCUACACAGACCCUGAACUGUGCACCACCUUGUGACCUCUGGACCUCUGGCCAGUAUGAUACAGUCAUUGUCAAUCACAAGGGAGGGUACUUGUGGCCCACUGAUGGUCUUCAUGAUUGCUUUCUCACUUAUGUGGAACAAUUUGACAUUGGCGAUUGUGAACCAAACACGCAGUUAUAUUUGCUCAAGAGGGUGAAACAGUCAAAUGGGACUUGGAUUGGUGAUAUCAUUCCAGUUACUCAGCUUAGGGCACCCAUUAAUAUUGUCCCUCACUUUGGUGCAAGUGCAGAUAAUCAUCUCACCCUAUAUAACAGCAAUGGAGCCCCUUCAGUGGGCUGGGAGGAAUAUUAUUUCUGA